AUGAAUUCAGUAAUUUUAGCUAUCUUCGCCGUUUUGGGGGUGAAUGUAUCCCUGGUCUUCGGAUGGGGCUACCGAGCAUCAGAUCAACGGCGUUGGGCGGUUCUGCACCCUGCUUGCGGUGGGCGGCAGCAAUCACCCAUAGCUAUCACCGCGAGACAGGCCAUACCUAUAUCCAUACCAGCCAUGGAACUGAUCGGCUACCAGAACCCUUUACCUGGACCGUUGACCGUAACGAAUAAUGGACAUUCGGUAGCGCUAACGAUCCCCAAAUAUUCGUCCGAGGAGGAAAAGAAAGGUUUCCGCCUGCCAUAUAUCUUUGGCGGACCUCUUGAUAACGAGUACGAGAUCGAAGGCCUACACUUCCAUUGGGGUGACAAGAACAAUCGGGGUUCAGAACACACACUAAAUGACAUGAGACUGCCCCUUGAAAUGCACAUCAUUCACAGGAACAAAAAAUACAGGAGCUUGGCUGAAGCGCUCCAACAUCCUGACGGCCUUUGCGUAUUGGCUUUCUUUUAUCAGGUUGUCGAGUUCGACGCUAAGCUUUUAACUCCAAUCGUGAAGAAUUUAUCGGCAAUUGAAAACUACAACACUACCAUGCAACUUCCCCAUACCUUUUCCCUUUCAUCUAUCCUUUCAGGACUCGACACUGAACGCUUUUACACUUACAAGGGCUCUCUGACCACUCCCCCUUGUGCUGAAGCCGUUACAUGGGUUGUUUUCUCUGACUACCUUCCCAUUUCAGUUUUCCAGAUGGACAACUUCCGCGGUCUCCUCUCCAACUUGAACCUUCCCCUCGUCGACAACUUCAGACAAUUACAGCCUCUAUUCGGUCGUCGGAUCUUCGUGCGCAUUACGUCCAAGAAUCCCAAAUUUAAGAAAACUAAACUCCAUUACUCCAAAUGGGAUUGGGUCGGUCAUAAGAGAACUGACAAUGAUAUCGCCGAAUUCGACGAUUAAAACUGCCAAUGAAAACAAAUCAAAUUUACAUUAACCACUCACCGCUUUUUGUUCUCUUUACGGGUAACCAUAAACUAUAAUAACCAUAGAUUAUGUAUAAACACCAAAAAUAUAUAUUUGUUAUUGUGUGCACUGUAAUAUAUUGUAUGUGUGUGAAUACUAUAAUAAUGUGUAAGUUGUUAAUAAUACAUGUAAAUAAAUAAGAAAGAUAUA